AUGUGACAGGAGGGUUAAUACCUCCUCGCCACUACAUGGCACUGUGCUGCCAGCACCACCACUUAUUAAAUCGGUGGUGCUGGGGGAGUAUAAAAGCACAGGUGAUAGGAAGCUUAGGAAUUCGCUUCCUCUUUGUCUGGUGGCUGCAGUGGCAGGUUGGCGUGGCUGGGUGCAGGAGGACAUUCCGAAAGGGUAAGCCUGCAACUAAUAUCCAUCUUAGCAGAAGUACAGGCUAAAUUGCUAACUAGGCCUCCCACACUCGCAGCUGUGGGCAAGCGCGGUUGUGGACAGGAGCGAUCGCACUGCGGCUGGUACCUGGAUGAGUAUAGCCGCAGGGAUUGCAUCAUUGGCUGCCCCUCCUCCUCUACUCCGGAUAACACGGCGCGUUACCGGCACGGAUACAGGUGGCGACUCGGCGGAAGUGAUCAUCGGCAGCCCUGCUGUUCUGGCGUGCCUGAACUGACUACACUGGACGGAUUAUUCUGGACUUGUGGCGCUGAAGUUUAAUUUCUAUUUGUUGUUUUGCGUGAUGGUAUAUUUUUAAUAGAUUUUAGUUUAACUGUCGGUGGCAUCCUUUUAAUUCUGUGUUUUGUGUACAGGUGCUGUGGGCUCAGAGCAGCAUUCCCCUCCCUGGUGGUGGCCGUUUGAGCACGGUGGCGUUGGUUGAUGUGUCUACACUGGUGGUUUGGUUUGAGUUUGUCUUGUUCUUCCCUUAGUUGGUUAAUGUUGGGAAUGGUUGCCCUCCCCACCGCCUGGUUUUUUAAUUUUAUUGUUAGAUACCCGCCGACAGCUUAUUUUAUCUUGAUUGUUUAAAUAAAGAUUGUUGCGAACUGGAACGGACUCUGCCCGUGAUAUAAACCUAGCUACUAUUUUUAAAAGCUAGAAGGUUCCCAGGGGUGAAAUUCCCCUGGGUGGCGUUGUCACACAUCCAUACCAACGAAUCUACCUACCAAGGCCCUACCUUCGUAACGCCACAUUCUGGCGUUGUCGGCAGGAUGAAUAUUUAAGGGGCAGAGUCAUUCCAUAGUGGUUUGUUUGUUUUUUUUUGCUUUUCUUUUUUUUCUUUGUUUUUUUUUUUGCUCUUUUUUCCCUUGUUUUUUUUUUUUGCUCUUUUUUUUUUCUUGUGUUUUGUGGUUUUUAAUUUUGUUUUUUUCUCUCUUUGGUGCAGUUGGAGCCAGAACAGCAGGGUUGGAAUCGGGGAAUCCCAAGUCAUAUCCUCACGUGAGCUCUGUGUAGUGGGCGGUGUUCGUCAUGGAGGAGGAGGUGCAGCAACUGAGGGAGCUCAUGGUGCAGCUUAAGGCUGACAAUGAACGGCUGCGGCGGGAGCAGGCAGCCCUCCAGGUGGGUGCUAGCGGUGCCUCAUCUCCUUCAGCAAGCGAUGCCCCGGCGGUGAGUGUUGGCCCUGUGACAGAGCGCUUGGUGGUAAUUCCUAGAGACCGAAGGUGUCCCAUGUUUAAUGGUAAGACUGGCAUGGGGAUAGCUGAGUGGAUAGAAGAGAUGCAGGCGUGUGUGCGUGCCCGCCACCUUGCUGCUGCAGACCAGGCCUUGUUCAUAUUUGAUCAUUUGGAGGGGGAGGCAAAGGAGGAGAUUAAGUUUCGCUCUAGUGGGGAGCGAAGUGACCCAGUCCAGGUUCUUGACAUCUUAAAAGAACUUUAUGGAUGUACGGAGUCUUAUGUCACUUUGCAACAAGCUUUUUUUUCUCGACACCAGCAGGAAGGGGAGACCUUGCAGGAGUUUUCUUUGGCUCUCAUGGCGCUGAUGGACCGGGUAAAGCAGAGUGCACCUGAUGGAGUACCUAAUGCUGGUGUCUGGCUUAGGGACCAGUUCAUUGAGCAUGUCUAUGAUAGCUCUCUUCGUAGGGAACUUAAACAGCUUGUGCGGCAACAACCUAGAGCCACUAUGUUGGAGCUCCGUAGCGAGGCUAUUAGAUGGGAGAGAGAGGGUCUUCCAGGUGGUGGAAGACCACGUAGCUGUUCGUUGCCAUCGGCUUAUGGCCUCCAGUAUGCAGUGCAGGGCCGCCUCCAGCCUGCUCGUCGGAGCAGUCCAUCUGAGCCAACUUUAAGUGAGCUGAUGGAUGUUCUGAAACAACAACAGGAGCAGCUCAAUCAGCUUGCACAGACUGUAGCCUCUCUGCAGGCCCCUCGCCCUCGUGAGCAGGUUCCCCGUCAUGGGUCCCUAAUCUGUCACCGGUGUCAGCAACCAGGUCAUUUUGCACGGGAGUGUGAGAAUGAGCGAGCUUUCCCGCGGCGGCAGGGGAAUUCUGUUGCGGGACUUAAUCCAAGUACUGCUCCCUUUUCCCGGCCCUCUAAUCAGUCGGAAAACUGAAGCCCGCUGAGUUGCGGAGCCACAGCUCAGAUGGGGAGUCUUUAGGCUCACAGAAGGGUGUAGGGACGGAUCUGAUUGCACCCUGUCCAACAAUUUGUGUUGCAGUUGGUGGGGUGGAAGUCACCUGCUUGGUGGACACGGGUUCUAUGGUGUCAACUAUGACAGAAAGUUUCUUUCAGAAACAGUUUGCACCCUGGGGUGGUGAGCGUCUGCAGUCGUGUCAUUGGCUACAGCUACGUGCGGCAAAUGGCUUGGCUAUUCCAUAUAUUGGCUAUUUGGAGCUGGAUGUGGAGUUGUGUGGCAAGGUGAUACCCAGCUGUGGGAUCCUUGUUGUCAAAGACCCCCCUGGUGCUGUUUCCUCCGUCCCUGGGGUCCUGGGGAUGAAUGUUAUUCGCCGCUGUUACCAGGAACUUUUCAGUACAUUCGGUCAGUCCCUCUUUGACUCCACUCCCAUUUCAGAAGCUCCUGGUCCAAUUGUGGCAGCACUGCAGCAAUACCACCAGUCGUCUACCUUAAUCCAGGGGGAUCCUACUCAUUCAGUGAGAGUUAGAGGAAGGCGUGUAGUGCGCAUACCGGGAGGGG